AUGAUGAUCCGCUUUUUCUGGUGUCUUUCGGCUACUGUAGCGUUUGUGGCCGCCGGCAUCGCCGAUCCGCCGACGCUUGACAACGGCAUUGCAGGUACGUACAGUAGUCCUACAGUAACCCCCCAUUCCCCAAUUUGAUUUCACCAGAACUGCCCACAGUCGAUUGUAUGGAAGACCGCGUCAAAUUGACGUUCAAAACGCAACGACCAUUCCACGGUCGGAUAUUUGUGAAGGGAAUGGUCGACAAGGUAUCUAGUUGCUACUACAGUAAUCCUACUACAGUAGUAUCGCAUUUUCAGCAACAAUGCGUCCGAGACUUUGUGACGAGUCAGGCGAAAGAUGUGCAGUUUGAGCUCGAGAACGGCGCGUGUAACAUGCGACGCCAGCGGAUGGUAGGAUUACGGUACAGUUCUCGAGAGGUACAGUAACCUUUGCGGUUCCAGUUGGGCCCGGAAAAGCGUGGAAUGGAAAUGUCGAUGACGAUCAUCAUCUCGUUUCACUCGACGUUUAUCACAAAAGUGGACAGAGCCUACAGAUGCACGUGUUUCUACAUGGAAGCCGAUAAAGUGGUCACGAAUAAGUUCGACGUCAGGUACCGUAAUCCGGGUGGGGUGGUACUGUACUCUUCAAACGCGUCUCUUACAGUAUGCUACCGACGACGGAUCUCAUCGAUACGGCGCGUAUGCCGCUGUGCACGUAUUCGGUGCGUCGCGACUCGAUCACCGGUCCGAUUGUCGAGUACGCCAAGGUCGGAGAGACUGUUUUCCACGUGUGGAAUUGUGAGAGCGGUGAGUGGCCUAGGAUCCGAAAGUUAGGCCAUCUGGAAGUGGCUGGCCUAGGAGGUGCAAGAAGGGGAAACAAAAGUUAGGCCACCAAAUGCGAGACUAGAGAUAGCCUAGGAGCAUCGGGAAAAGUUAGGCCAGCAAGUGUGACGAUCUCUCUUUGCAGACAUGUUCUCGAUGCUCGUGCACAGCUGCUUCGUCGACGACGGCAACGGCGACGAGCGGAAGCCGCUGCUCGACGAGCACGGCUGCGCGAUCGACCCGCUCAUCCUGCCCGAUCUGACCUACAACAAGGAGAACAAUCAGGCGUUCGCGCAAGUGAACGUCUUCAAGUUCGCCGACAAAAUCUCGACGUACUUCCAGUGCGCGGUGAGCACGUGCAUGAACAGCGAGGGAAUGUGCGACGGGAAGACGGUAAGCAUCUUCGGAUCAUCUCUUUUCGAACUGCGUCUCCGAAUUUCAGCCGCCUCGUUGCGGUCCGGCCGGCAGUUUCGGCGCGUCGAACAACCGACGGGCUCGGCGAGCAGUUGUGGAUCGGUUGUCGAACAAGACGGCGGUCAACUGGGUCCAUCUGGCCGACACUAUGGACCUGGCCGCCAAUCGCAUCACCGUGUUCGAGUUGGAAGAGAAGCGAGAGGACGUGGACAGUGGUAAGUGAGUCGGUGCGACGACGUGGCCGAACUUUCGCUCUUCCAGCCACCUCGACCCGUCUCGCCAUUCCGGCCAUCGGCCGCCCGCCACAAACGCCCGUCAUUUGUCUCAAUCAGUCGCGCAUCACUCUCUUCCUCGUUCUCUCGUUCCUCAUGCUCUCCGUCGUCACCGUCGUCACGUUCUACACGCUGCGGAGGACGAUGUCGACGACGCACAAAAAGUGUCAACUCAACGCCUAA